CUGUCCCGAUUGCUGCAAUCCAAUCUUGUAAUCUUGGGAGCAAAUGCAAGUUAUGGGCGCCAACGACUAACCACCACAACAGAGCCACCCCAGCCGAGCCGAGGUGUCCCGUACCUGCACGCCUCCCCUCCCCUCCCCGGUGGUUGGAGCCAUUAUAGAGGAGGAGAGCAUCGUCUCCCACAGUCCCAAGAUCCCAACCCCAUCUGCUACGUCCCUCCCCUGCCCCCGAAUCUGUACUCUCGCGCGCCGCGAUGGAGGGGAGCAAGCUCAAGGCGGCCAGGCUCCUGGAGCAGAUGAGCGCCCACCUCGCCACCGACGCCGGCAAGGAGAUCGCCAACAAGGUCGGCUUCGUCUACCAGCUCAACAUCUCGCCCAAGAAGAUGGGCGUGGACGAGGAGAUCUUCGUCGUGGACCUCAAGAAGGGCGCCGUCUCCACAGGGAAGUACGAGGGCACGCCGGACGCGAGCUUCACCUUCACCGACGACGACUUCCUCGCCAUCGCCAGCGGCAAGCUGAACCCGCAGAUGGCGUUUAUACGGGGUAAGCUGAAGAUCAAGGGGAGCAUCAGCGCGGCGCAGAAGUUCACGCCGGACAUCUUCCCCAAGCCGGCCAAGUUGUAGAAGGCCGGAUUGCCAUGCCUUGCCUUGCCCUGCCCUGCCCUGGUGAUCGGUUAAUAAAAGAGUCUAGUUAUGUUCGUGAUGGCAAUUUGGUGUGACCAGAGGGGGCGAUUGUUGCUGGUAACAGAGUUUGUUUACUUAGAACCACCGCACGAACAACAGGGGUUUCAGUGUCUUGAGGUGAAAUUCGUUUUCUUUGGUUGAGAAGGAGAACACGGUACGAUGUGUGUUGUGACGA